GUCGCACUCUCUCAGUCUCUCACUCUCAGUCUCUCUCUCACACACACACACACACACACACACACACACACACACACACACACACACACUAUCUCUCUUUAUUCCUCUCUUCCAGAAGCCUGGUGUUUUCAAGUAGCCGAAGUAUUGCAUUUUUUUAUUUAAAUCUUGUUCUGUUUUGGUUGUGUGAAAGAAGUUCUUCACAAAAUCUGUCACUCUCUUACUUUAUCUAUAAUAGAAAUGCCAGGCCAGGGGUCAACCAGGCGAAACUGUAUGGUCUGCCAUACCGAUCUAAAUGUGGCCUGCAAAACUUGCAACACAUGCAAGAAAGAACUAGAAAGGCUAGAAAAGAAACUAAAAAAAUUUGAUCAGAAGAGGGAGAGCUGGGUUCAAAUGCAAAAAAAAAAUCGGACUACCUCUCAUAUACAGGAUGAAGCUGUGUUGUUGCUCGAAAAAUUGCAGGCCCUGGGGUUAAGGGGGUUUUACUUCUCUCCAAGCCUGGAAAAAAGCCAAACAAUUGGGUGUCUGAGGUUUUGGCACCCCGCUGCCAGCUGAGUGAGACAUCACAUACAUGCCUUGAACGAAUUAAGGGCAUGUAUGAUAUUGUUAUUCAAGGCUGGACCCCACAUGUAAUUGAAAGUUCAUCAGCCCCAGUUGAACCCCCAACAGGACCACCAAUGGUCAUAUCAAAUCAGCAGGAAGCAGUGGCCCUGCUUAAUCCCCCAACAGCUCCAACGGGACCUCCAGCAGCCCUUAUUGGACCACCGAAGUCCCCAAUUGGACAGUCAGUGUCCUCUUUAGCACCCUCGGUAAAGCAAUCCCAGAACCUGGGGAAAAGACCCCACUCCCCAGAAGGACCUUCAGCAGCCUCCCCAGUUUCUUUUGAAAAAGAUGAAGUUGUGGAAGGAGGCUGUCCUGCUCCCACUAUUGUGCGGCCGAAUAAAAGGAAAGUGGAAGUUGUGGAAGGAGGCUGUCCUGCUCCCACUACAGUGCGGCCGAAAAAAAGGAAAGAAUGCCCACAUACAGUGACAGGGAGCCAGGGUUAUUACCCUGUGAAGAGCGUUGCCAAAUACAAAGUCAUUAAGGGUCAAAAAUGGAAGCAAGUGGAGUGGGUGCCAUGCAAACUCUGUUACUUCACCACAGGACUUUUGAAAGAUAUCAUGUGAGCUGAGGUUUCAACCUAGUCUGCUGAACUUUUGUCCCAACCAGUCUGCCUCCUUUCUUUUGGUCUAGGACCAGGUUUUAAUAUGUUUUUUUGUAAAACUGACCCUGAAUCAGACCUCAUGAUUUGGUGUCUUGCUCUGCUUGUGGUAUAGGGUGGUCGGUGGUGUAAGUUUUAAAAAGUAACACAAAAGUAAUUAAUAAAUCGAAUUGCUGUAUUGCUCUUGGAGAUUUAGCAAGUGUAAUAUAAUGACAUAUUUAUGUAAGGUAAAUUAGAUGACGAUUGUCUAAACAGCCACUUAGCCAUAUGACCACAGCAUAAAAACACUUAAUUAUGACCUAUAAAAGUAUGGUAUGGGAGGAUGGACAGUGAAUAUCUGAAAGCUUUUUUAUUAGGUUAAGGUUUGUGAAAAAGAAAUGUUCCAAGAGGCCCACAGUGAUAUAUGUGAUUAAAAUAAGUCAAAAUAUACAUUUAAUUCAUGAAUUUGGCCACUGUGACCAACAAAUACAUUUUAAUUAACAUUUAUACAUUAGACCACUUCAUGUCUCUUUGAAAUGCAUGCAUGACACAAGGGCUGAGUGAGCAGAGUGAAAAUUUAAAUUUUGUCAUAUGAUUAAACCAAACACAUCACUGGAAAGGUCUUGAUCGGCCGAGUAACAGCUUUGCAACCUGAAGGCUGUACCUGGCUCCUGCUUUGAAAUAUUGACCUCUGAACUUUGAUAUUGAUGCAUGUUGUGAGUCUUAUAAUUCAGCAACUGAAUGGGCUAAAAUAAUAAA